CGACUGUGACAUGACGUAUGGACCGGAAGUGAUCACGUCAGCUUCUGGAGUCAAAACAGUGCGUUUGAAGUCGCUUUCUUUUGUUAAAAUGGUUAAAAUUUUAUGUCAGUGCUUCGCUUUUCGAGAAGAAAAUCCCUAAAAACAUUUUAUUAGCGGGAGUUUGUUAACCGGAAACACUCGAAGAGCGGGAGAAACUGAAACCCCGACUGCUAACCUGCUGCAGCAGCAACGAGCUAAUGACUGCUAACCGGAAGUCUGGAGGAGAAAAUGUUUGCUACUUGAAGCCAUUUUCUUUCGUGUGGGUGUAGUUGACGGCAGUGUGGUUGCAGCUGUAGAAAAGAAAGUGUUUGUGUCGGCCAAUAUGUGACCCUGAAGCUUCUUCAAACAUCAUGAGUCGUCUGGAGGAGCUGGCCAACAUCGCCCUGAGGGUGCCCAGCAUGUUGGUACUGGACUUACUGUAUAGAUGUGAUGUUGAAGGUCUGACAGAGCACCUGAAAGCCAAAAACGACAACAUGCUCUUCAAAUACAAAUACGUCAUCUGGAACAUCUAUUAUCUAGGUCAUUUCCUAAACUUGGUGGUUUUAGUUUUGCCUUUGAGACAUCUUGUGACGCUCUACCUCCACGUCCUGGUCGGCCUUCUCCUCUACAUGGGGCAUCAAAUUUCCAAGGAUUACAUCCGCGAGGAGCUAGUUUACGGUUACCACGCUGCAGCUCACCUGAAUGCUUCAGCCUUCAACAGAUUUGUCUCUGCCAUGACGAGUCAGAUCAUCCUCAGCACGCUGUGCGCUUUCCUCAUGAAGACCAGGAAGGUGUGGUUGUUCUCCGCUCACGUGCUCCCCCUGCUGGUUCGGCUCUGGUCUCCGCCCCACCCCACCCUCCUGACCAUCAGCUCCCUGUCUUUGGGGCUGACGGCUGCGGGGGUGGCGGUCUUCCUCCUCUCAAACCUCUUUGUGCCGUAUCGCCUGGCGAGAGCAGCCUUCUCUGAGCUGACUCAGUUUGAGCUCACUGAAAUCUACAGGUUCCUGGCUGUGGGAAUCUCCCUGUGGAACCAGUAUGCCGUCCCAGCACUCUUCUCUCUCUUCUGGUGUGUUCUGUUCACGGUCCAGCUGUGCUCAGAUGUUCUGUCUGUCGAGACCUCUGCCCCCCAAUCAGGGAUCAUCUUCCUCCUGCUGACAAGUGUGUCAGAGUGUUGCGCCACGCCCUACUCUCUUUUGGGUCUGACCUUCGUCGUGUCCUACCUGGCUCUUGGUCUGCUCAACCUGUGCAAGUUCUACCUGGGAGGAUUUGCAGCCGUUCAGAAUGAGAACGUCAUGCACAGGGGCGUGACAGAAGGCGUGACUCUGCUGCUACUCGCUCUUCAGACCGGCCUGUUGGACAUGCAGGCUCUGCAGCGCACCUUCCUCCUCUGCAUCAUCCUCUUCAUUGUGACCACGUCCACUCUACAGUCAAUGAUUGAAAUAACCGACCCCAUCAUCCUGGCGCUGGGCGCCUCCAGAAACAGGAGUGUGUGGAAACACAUCAGAGGCCUCAGUCUGUGUCUUUUUCUGCUGGUUUUUCCAGUGUUCAUGGCUUAUAGAAUAUCCCAGUUCUUCCACAUGGACUUCUGGCUUCUGAUUCUAGUGUCCAGCUGCAUGCUCACAUCACUGCAGGUGACAGGAACCAUGCUGAUCUAUCUGCUCUUCAUGGUGGAGCUGUUCCGCAGCGACCCAAUUGAGAGCCUGGAUGAGGUGAUCUACUGGGUUCACGCUGUCAGCCGGGUGUUGGAGUUUCUGGUGGCGCUCAGCGUGGUUGCUUACGGAACCUGGGAGUCUCUGUUUGGGGAGUGGAGCUGGAUGGGGGCGUCUGUCAUCAUCAUCCACUCGUAUUUUAACGUGUGGCUGAGAGCUCAGUCUGGAUGGAGGAGCUUCCUGCUCAGGCGGGCAGCAGCCAAGAAGAUCAGCUCUCUUCCUGCAGCCUCGGAGCAGCAGCUGCAGCAGCAUGACGACGUCUGCUCCAUCUGCUUUCAGGACAUGAGCUCUGCUGUGGUCACAUCUUGUGGUCAUUUCUUCCAUGGGAAUUGCCUCCGAAAGUGGCUUUAUGUGCAGGAAACGUGCCCCAUGUGUCAUCAACCCGUCCAACCUGCACCUUCUCCUCAGAGAGACACAGAAUCAGAACAGAACUCCGAUAGCCCCGUGACUAAUGAGACCCCAGCAGAGGAGGUCCCUGCCAAUCCCCCCGAGCAUCAGCAGGAGGACGAAGGGGAGGAGCAUCCUGCUGAAACACACGGAGAAGAUGCUCCAGGACUUUGCUUCCAAUCAGUCGGAGACUUUUGUGGGUUUGCUGAGCCAAUUCCUUCAUCCUCCCAUGAUCCUCCAGGUCACACCUCUCUUCCUGACGUGCUCACUCAGGGUGGGGUGACCAGAACAGACUUUCCUCCCACUCCUCCAUCUGAAGCUGGGGACCGAGCCCUGGAGCGAUGUGACACCCAACCGUCUGGCCUUAGAAACAGUCAUGCUAUCCCCUCCAGGUGUGAGGGGGCGCCCGGUUCAUGCUGCAGCUCAGAUCCAGCACAGGAGGACCCUACCACCAUAAAUCAGCUGGACCUCCCCUCUGGAGUGCACUCUGACGUCAGAUAGUCGGAGAAUCUCCAGUCAGCAGAACCCACAGAGGCUGCAGCAGAAGCCCUGUAUCAGUGCCUGCAGGGGUGCGAAACGGCGACUCUCCACAGGAGGGCGGGGUUCAAACCUAGUUUUAUCAGAAGUGUCAGUGAAUGUUCUUCACUCCAGACAAAACUGCUGUGGGUCGGAACCUUGAGCUGGUUUCGCAGCUGUAAAUAAAGAAUAAAAUCCUGAAACAUGAAGCAGAA